CCCCUGCGCGGUGCGCUGGGCGCCCCCGUGCCGUGCGCGGAGCCGCGAGCGGCCGGGCGCCAUUUCGGGAGCAGCCGCGGAGCCAUAGACGGGGCCAGACCGGCACCAGACCGGCACCGGGACCGACUCACGGCCGCGCCGCCCCUCGCUGCCCGGUCCCCGGGGCUGCCCGAGCGCCGCCGUCCAUUUAAGAUUCAGACGCCUGGAGAAGGUGCUCAAGCCCUCGGGCCCGUUCCCCACCCCCAGGGCAGUGACGCCGGAGCCGCCGCUGCCGGACUUCGGGGCCCUAGCGAGGAUCGCACUGCCCGCGGCGCAGGUGUCCUGAAAAAUGGCUGAUGAUAUUGAUAUUGAAGCAAUGCUUGAAGCUCCUUACAAAAAGACUUGCCUAACGAUAUCUCACCUCUACUCCCAUGAAUUCACCUUUGAUUCCAGUGUGAACUGUCAAUCAUAAGGUAUGGAAAUAGGGGAUGUUUAGGCUGGACUGGUGGAUUAUUGAUGGCUUGCUUGGGAGUCGACGUUACUAAAGCAGUGUGAAUCCCUGUUUGCUUCAGGGCGAGAUGUGUGACAGAGGUGACAUCAAGCUCUUACAACCCUUCAGCGAAAAUGAGUGAAGAUCUCGGGAAUGGCAUCGGUCACAGGAAAUCGAUAGUGGCUGGCUGCUAGUGUAGCCACGGGGCUUAGGCAGCGAUAUAGCCUUGGAUGAGAACAAAUUGAGCAGUGCCAAUGGCCAUGAAGAACGCAGCAAGAAGUAAAAAAAAGAGCAAGAGCCGAAGUCGAAGCCAUGACAGAAAGAGGAGCAGAAGCAAGGAACGCAAACGGAGCCGAGAUCGGGAACGGAAAAAGAGCAGGAGCCGGGAAAGGAAACGGAGCAGAAGCAAAGAACGCAGACGCAGCCGGUCUAGGAGCAGAGAUCGCCGGUUCAGAGGCCGCUAUAGGAGUCCCUAUUCUGGUCCAAAAUUCAACAGUGCCAUCAGAGGGAAGAUUGGUCUGCCUCACAGCAUCAAAUUAAGCAGACGUCGCUCCAGAAGCAAAAGUCCUUUCAGAAAAGACAAAAGCCCUGUUAGAGAACCUAUUGAUAAUCUUACCCCUGAAGAGAGGGAUGCUCGAACAGUGUUCUGCAUGCAGUUGGCUGCAAGAAUUCGACCAAGAGACCUGGAAGAAUUUUUCUCUACAGUAGGGAAGGUUCGUGAUGUGCGAAUGAUUUCAGAUAGAAAUUCCAGACGUUCAAAGGGGAUUGCUUAUGUUGAAUUUGUUGAUGUUAGUUCAGUGCCCCUGGCAAUAGGACUGACUGGACAGAGAGUCUUGGGUGUACCUAUCAUAGUACAGGCAUCUCAGGCAGAGAAAAACAGAGCAGCAGCAAUGGCAAAUAAUCUGCAGAAGGGCAGUGCUGGUCCUAUGAGGCUCUAUGUGGGAUCAUUACACUUCAAUAUAACUGAAGAUAUGCUUCGAGGAAUCUUCGAGCCAUUUGGCAGGAUUGAAAGUAUUCAGCUCAUGAUGGACAGUGAAACUGGACGCUCAAAAGGAUAUGGAUUCAUUACGUUCUCAGACUCUGAGUGUGCCAAAAAGGCCCUGGAACAACUCAAUGGAUUUGAGCUGGCUGGGAGGCCAAUGAAAGUUGGACAUGUAACUGAGCGUACUGAUGCUUCCAGUGCUAGCUCAUUUUUGGACAGUGAUGAGUUGGAACGGACUGGAAUUGAUUUGGGAACAACUGGUCGCCUUCAGUUGAUGGCAAGACUUGCAGAAGGUACUGGUUUGCAGAUUCCUCCAGCUGCACAGCAGGCUCUGCAGAUGAGUGGAUCUUUGGCCUUUGGAGCUGUGACAGAUUUACAAACGAGACUGUCCCAGCAGAAUGAAGUUCUGGCUGCAGCUGCUUCUGUACAACCACUUGCAACACAGUGCUUUCAGCUUUCCAACAUGUUUAAUCCUCAAACUGAAGAAGAAGCUGGCUGGGACACAGAAAUUAAAGAUGAUGUGAUUGAGGAAUGUAACAAACAUGGAGGAGUUAUCCACAUCUAUGUUGACAAAAACUCAGCUCAGGGCAAUGUGUAUGUGAAAUGUCCCUCCAUCGCUGCUGCCAUCGCAGCUGUCAAUGCUUUGCAUGGGAGGUGGUUUGCAGGUAAAAUGAUUACAGCAGCAUAUGUACCUCUUCCAACAUACCACAGCCUUUUCCCAGACUCUAUGACUGCAACCCAACUACUGGUUCCUGUUCGACGAUGAAGAUCACUUUAGUCAGUUUUGUACAUAGGUAUUUUUUGGAGGAAGAUUGAGUUAUCUUUUAUUUAGAUAAAACUAAAGGAAAGGAUUUAAUGUCAUUUUGUGUACACUUCCUGCUAUCUUUAAAAAUAAAAUGAAGUAAGCAGAAAUGCAGUGUGUUCAUUCUCCCUAACUAGCAUUUCCACUGUAUACAAAGCUGUUGACUUCUUGUUCUGCCUUGUAAUUCUUGUACAUUGACAAAGAUGAUCCGUAGGAACUGAGAAGUAGCUCAUAGAUAACAAGUACUCUGUAAAAGGCAGAUGGGACAUAAUGACAUUUUUAAUGUUUCAUGAGCCUUUCUUUUAAUGCAGCAAAGACAUUUUACAUUUCACUAAAUGUGGGUGAUCUGCUCAAGGGUAGUAUCAGAGAGAGACUGGAUGAAGGGACAUAUUUAGUGUUUUUGUAUAAAUGGAAAAUCCAAAAAGCUACUGAAUGCUGACUGCAGACAGCUACUCAGCUUGUUUUGUGGUGAAUAAUUGGUAAGAGUAGGAGGAUUGAAGGGUUUUAUUUCUUGAUGGUAACUUUUGAUUAUUGUAUCUGUAAAAGUUUCUUUGUAAAUACUGUGAGGUGUGUCUAAGUUUCCAAACAAAACAUCUCUGCAUUUCCAGAUGAGUUACCACAUGCACAGUAGGGCAGAGCUGGAGGAUUUCAGCCAAGUCUGAAAAUGGGUAGGAAAUACAGAAAAGUGUUUUGUUCUGGUUGCAUAUAAUCUUUGCUCUUUUUAAGCUCUGUGAGCUCUGAAAUAUAUUUUUGGGUUACUUCAGUGUGUUUGACAAGACAGCUUGAUAUUUCUAUCAAAGACUUUCAUAUUGCAACAAUCUUUGUAAGAACCACUCAAAUAAAAUUCUCUUAAAAAGGC